GUUCGAUAUUUGUGCGGUUCCUGCUGCAGCACUUUGAGCGCUUCAUCUCACUGCAAACAUGGCGCCCGCUUCUCUCGCAGAUUUGAUCGGCAGUGUGCCUGACAGAGAUGGCUGGGGACCUCCGACAGUGGGCGAAACCAUGCUCGACGGUGUUCCAUUUGCUCCAUACUCUAAGGCCGACAAAUUAGGCCGCAUGGCAGACUGGACCGAUGCAAAAGAUCGUGAGCGAGGAGGCCGGCAGCAAUAUAGCAAUCGUAACUAUAGAGAUCAGCAAGUUUAUGGCGCAAACCAAGCGAGCAAUCCUUUCGCAAUCCAAGUUGCUGAGGAGGAAGCCACAUUCUCCGUCGUCGACAACACCAGAACGUCCGCCCGGACCCGAGGUUUCGGAAGAGGGGGAGGAACAGUGUUCCGCGGCCGCGGCGGUCAGCGUGGUGGUCCAGCUCAGCGCGGCGGUCGCGGUACAUUCCAGCGCGUCGGAGGCAAUCGCGGUGGACAAGGAGGCUAUAAUGACCGUGGAGGUGCAAGGGGAGGUCGAGGAGGGAGACGUUUCGGCUGGAGGGAUGAUAAGCCACAGCGUAAUAGAGAUGCCUCCGUCAAUGUUAAGCCUGAUUGGGUCGUUUUGGAAGAGAUUGAUUUUCCCAGACUUAUGAAGCUUAACUUGGAAACUGGAGAAGGCGAUGACCUUGACAGCUAUGGCUUUCUUUACUACUACGACAGAUCGUACGACAAGGCACCGGGCGCGAAGACAUCCGAGAGGAAACUGAAUGUAUUGGAGAGAGCAGCCUACAACGUCACCACAUCUAGCGAUCCUAUCAUACAAGAGCUGGCCGAUAAGGAUGAAGCCACGAUCUUCACCACGGACAACAUUUUGUCGAUGCUAAUGUGCUCUACAAAAUCAGUCUAUUCUUGGGACUUGGUCUUCACGCGGCAAGGAAACAAAGUCUUCAUCGACAAAAGAGAGAAUUCGAACAUCGAUAUGGUCACAGUCAACGAGAACGCUGCUGAUGCACCAUUGGAGCUCUCGGAAGGUAACAAGGAUACCAUGAACAACCCUGGCGCAUUGAUGCUGGAAGCCACGCACAUCAACAACGUUUUUCCUCUCCAGGUCGUCACAGAGUCCCAGACCUCCAAGGUCGACAUGGCGAACGAGCACCCAUUCUAUAAUGAGGAUGUUGAAACGGACCCGCCCGCGUCAAAGGCUUACAAAUACCGCCGCUUUGAUUUGUCCUUAGAGAAGGAUGAGGAGCCGUUACAUAUCAUCGUGCGCACAGAACUCGAUGCUGUUAUGAAGAACACCAUAAAUGGCGAGGACCAGCACAUGACUAUCAAGGCUUUGAAUGAGUUCGACAGCAAAGCUCAAGGCAGCGGCGGAGCCCUCGAUUGGCGCAGCAAACUUGCCAGCCAAAGAGGUGCUGUCCUUGCCACUGAAAUGAAGAACAAUGCCUGCAAGUUGGCUCGCUGGACUACCCAGGCCAUCUUGGCCAAGGCUGACACCAUGAAGCUUGGGUUUGUCUCGCGUGCGAACCCGCGGAACAACAAUGACCAUGUCGUCCUGGGCGUACUGACCAAUAAGCCCCGUGAUUUUGCCAACCAGAUGGCCCUGAACCUAGCCAAUGGCUGGGGUAUCGUCCGGACUAUCUGCGACAUGUGUCUGAAGAUGGAGGAAGGGAAGUAUGUUCUUGUUAAAGACCCUAAUAAGAACAUUCUGCGCUUGUAUUCUGUUCCAGAGAACACCUUCGAAGACGACGGCGAAGAGGCUCCUAUCCCUGAGGAAGAGGUUGAAGAGUAAAAGACUAUCCCAAGCAGUCAUAGUAGAGCCAGGGCAAAGAGUGUGUUGUUACGGAGCAUAGUCAUAGAUCCAAUUUUUCAAGUCACAUACGAUGGCCCUCAAUGGUAUGCUGUAAUCCCGUUCUCUUCACGAGCAGCUCGU